GUGUGCAGACGUCUCGCACAGCUGGCAAAAUCGAGUGGAUUAAUCGAGUGGAUAAAUCAACUGCCUGCGGGAACAGGUGAAAAGCUGUGAAAAUUAAUCACAUUCUCAAUUAGCAAUCACCCCGGAGUCCAUUGACUGGUCACACAAAAGGCUCUCCCAGCAGCAGCAGCACCAAAGCAAAAUUAAACAGCAACAGAAACAUUGACUUCGACAGGAGCAACCAAGGAAUUCCAAGAAACGAGCCAUCAAAGCCAAAACUGAUGACCACCGUGUCGGGCCAAAGGAAUUGAGGAGGAGUCGUCGCGAUGCCAUCCCGUCGCUCCGGUGGCGGAGGCACCACCAAGCGGAAGCACUCGCUGGGCAACCUGCGGCGGGCACAUCCCGCAUCGGGGGCCACGUGGAACGUGCAGGUGGUGCGCGGCAAGAUGUCCUCGAAGUGCCUGUGGCACGCCUGCCGAGCCCUGAUCCUGGGACUCACGCUGAUGCUCCUGGGCGCGGGCAUGGCCACCCUGGGCUACUAUGCGGAUCACCUCUCGAUGGGAUCGGAGUUGCGCGGCAACGUCACCGUUCGGGUGAAGAACGACCUCAAGGGCUUCCACCUGAACAACUUCGCGUACGUGGGUCCCAUCGUCAUGGGCUUCGGCGGCUUCAUCGUGGUGGCCUCCUGCGUGAUGACCUUCGAGGCCCGCGACUCCGCCGCCAAGGUCGUUCCAGCCCGAUUAAGGGCUGGCGGAGGCGGCAGCACCAAGAAUCCCUCGAGGAGCAACCAGGGCAGCUCCGCUUCACAGCGACGCGGGAUGGGUGCCCAGUACCAGUCGAGUCGUUGGGAUCAGCACUUCGGGGUGUUCCGCUCCUCGCCGGGGGAUCCCCACCAGCAGCCGCAGAGCGCCCUCAUUUCGGCCACGCAUCCGCAUCCGCAUCCGCAUGCACAUCCGCACAUCCAGCAGCAGCAGCAGCCGUUCGACCGCGAGGCCCUCACCGCCGAACUGGUCAAGUUCUCCAGGUCACUCAGUGCAUCCAAUCGCUUUUAUCCCCGGUGGCGCCGCCUUUCCGGGGCUGGCUCCGCUCCGGAUUUGUCCGAAUCCGGAUCCGGAUCUCAUGUUCAUGCCAACAACACCACCACCACCACCGACUUCACCGCCAACACCACAAAUCACUGCACCACUAUGACAGCCACCAACGCCACUAAUUACUGCAAUUUGCUCUCACUGAACCGCUUGUCGCCGCUGGAAUGGGAAUUGCAUUGCUCGCACCGCCGGCAUCGUCGUCACCACCAUCGCCACUCGAACCACUCGCACCACUCGAAUCAACACUCGACUCACCACUCGCACUACCAAAAAUCCUCGAGCAGCAGUGUGCGACGAGUGCGUCAAAUGCGUCCCGGUUCGGGAUCAAACUCCAAUCCCUCGGGAGGAGGAGGAGGAGGAGGAGCAGGAGGAGCUGGCUCCUCAUCGUCGGCCCGCAUCAUUAGCAACUCCUCCAGCCUCAUCCAGAGGGCCACCAGGGAGUGCUCCCUGCUCCAGCCGCCGGCCGCGAGUCGCGUCUACUGGCAGGCCUCCUCCUUCGACGGCGGCAGCCAUCCCCCGUCCGGAUCGGGCAUCAGUUCCGGGGCGGAGAAGCGCAGUGAGCGGAACAAGCGAUCGGACACCGCCAAGAGGCAUGUCCUCGCCCGCCAGAGACCCAUCGAACAGGAGGAGGCUCGCGAUCACAGUCGCAGUCCUCUGGGACACAGGAGAAACUCGACAAUGUCGGACUCCUCGUAUAGUGGCCGCUGGACGGCUCGCUGUGCGUCCAUCGCCAGUCGAACAUCCAGUAUCGAAUCCCGGCGUGUCCAAGUGGAUCUCCAUAGUCCCGAGGUGAUGCCCAAGUCGAUACUGCGAUCGCCCAAGCGCUACAGUUCCGGGCCCUCCGCCACGCCCUCCGUGGAGAAAGAAUUUCGUAGCCAGUUGUCUGUGUGCUCGGAGCCACCGCCGCCGGUGCGUCAGUUGUCUGGGCAAUCCAGCAUGGAGCCGGCUGUGCCCGAGGAGAGCCUGGACCAGUCGGAGGAGCAGGAGACGACGACCUCGCAGCCCAAGACGUCCUACGAGGAGAUCACCGAGCUGCAGCACCACACGAGCACUUUGCCGCCGAAGAAGGUGCGUCCUGGUUUCCUACCCCUCGCCCGCAGCGAGCAGGACGAACAGGAUCAGAGGCCGGUGGCGGCGCCGCUCUACAGGAGCAACAGUUCCAGGCAGUUCUACAGACCCAAGAAGGGGGUGCCCAACGAGCGGGAUGACUCCGUGUUCUACAUACGAUCCAUGGAGCGGGGAUUGGCCGGCAACGGUGGCAGUGCCAGUGCGGAUGAGCAGAUGUACGAUUCCCUGAGGGUGAUUAACGAGAGGAGGACCACCUUGCUGAAGGCUGACUCACAGAGCUCGCUGGGAUCGGCGGAACGGAAGCUGAGCAGCUUCUCCCUCAAAAUGCCCGAGAUUACGGAGCGCGAGAACUCCAUUGAGAUCGAAAUGGAUGCGGACGAACCGCCGCCACCUGCACCUCCUCCACCGCCACCUCCUCCUUCGAUUCCGCCUUCUUCGCCACCGCCUCCUACAUCGAUAGCCAAAAUCCUGAACGAGGAUCCCUAGGAUCGAACGAGACGAAACCCCACUUCAUAGCGUUUAACCAGCAGCCAUCGACAAUUACUUUAGCAACUUGAUUGAUGUUUGUAUAUGUAUUUUGUGCGUGUACGUGUCGUUUAUUUUUAUAACCCCUAGAUCGUACCUAGAUAAGUGUUAUAUAUAUAUAUGUACUAAAUUACAUAAACCAGACAUAAUAUCUGUGUUGCCUCGGGCCUAAGCAAUGAACUAACGAAUCUUCAACAAUGUCUAUUAACUUAAAUUACUGAUGUUACUGUACAAAUAACUGCAGUUGCGAUGCGAUAGGAUGUUAUUCUACUGAAUUUUCUAUUGUGUUGCGCUAUAAUUCCCAACUGGUUGAAGCAGAAAAAAAAAAUUAUUUUUGAAG